GGUUAUUUGGUUUUCAUAGAAAAUUUUGAUUUUUAAAGGGAAUUAAGCAAAAUUUUAUUUUCAGAUAUAAAAAAUAAGGCCUCCUCCAGCCCAGGGCCUUACUUAAACCACUAAAGUCACAUUAAAGCGAUAACGCCAGCAUGUUGCGUCUGCUGGAGGAGAUAUGGAGAAAAUAGCACUGCUGUGUUGUGAGGAAUCCCGAGUCUUUUGGCUGCUACUGUUAGCAAUUUUUGGGCCAAUAUAAAAUCAUCUGCUCUGAAACACUCUCCGGUCAAUCGAAAAACCGAGACUGAACCGAACGCUACUGAGGGAGGAUUUGCAAAUGAGUGCGUGUGUUAUAUCAAAUUUAGCAAAAACAUAAAGAAAAACACUUCCGCGUGUAAACAAACACGAAAAAAAGCCGCACCAAUUUGUGUGUGUGUGUAUGUUUAAAGAAUAAACGUGCUUCGAGUGACAAGAAAGGAAUACAAAAUUAUCAAUUGAUUACCUACGCUUUCGAAUACAAACAAAAAAUCAAAUCAAUUUCAAAAAUGUGCUCAAAACUUUUUAAAAUUUUAAUAUCAAUGGUGAUAUUUUUAGGCGCUUGGCUUAUUGUUAUGCCUGCUGUCGGCCAUUGUGGCCCAGUGCCAAAAGUCAAUGAGCACGAAAUGAUAAUGCCCAAAGUUCCACAAUGGCAUUGCUUGCGCUAUUUCAAACAUGAUGUUUUAAUGAUGCGUCGUUGUCGUCAUUUAAGAGUACCAACUGCACCACGUCUGGGUGAUGUGAAAAAACUUAGCCAAAGUUCAAAUUAUAAUUUUGUUAAAACGACUGAUGGCAAAACAGCGACUGCUAAUACCAAAAAUAGUUGAUUAAUUUUCAUCAUGAUACGAAGAUGUUGCCAGAGAAAAUGGUGGAUUUGAGGUUAAGAAAAAACUAUAACGAAACGUUAUAGACUAUAAUAAAAAACAAUGCUAUAUGACGUUAAAAAGAAUCGUCCUUUAUAUUAAGUACAAUAAUUAUUUUGUAAAAUCACUGCACACAUAUAAAACGAGCCAAGUAUUCAUU